AUGUCGCUGAUGUUGUGGAAGCGUCUUACCCACCUUCAUGAAAAGUUUGUCCUUCGGCACGCCUCUCUCAGUGGCAUUAAAGCCGCCGACGUAUGCACGCUUGCGGACCUUCGACACUGCACAGUGACACCUUCAAUGACCAGCUCUACCAUCGGCAACAAUUUUUGCGCCUUUAUCAUUAGUGAAUUUUACCCUUGGGGCUCAUUCUUCAAUUAUAUGCAGCUGAAUUCGGCAACCGAUUCCCUGCACAUCUCUUCAGAUCUCACUUUUGUUCUGCGCGCCCUCAUCGAUAUUGUGAACGGGAUAACUUUUCUACACAUCGGUAAGUUUAAAUUAUUUCGUAGUCUAGUUAAUGGUCUAGGAGUAUGGGCCUCUCUGAUUUAUGUGCAGCAAAUGAAAACUAAAAUUUUUUUCAAAUUAUAA